CUGGCCUGGUGGUGAAACGGGGGAAUUAUCAUCAACUGAGGCCAGAGUAGGGUGUCUCCCGCAGACAGUGUACAGGGAACAAAUACUCUGGCUUCCUAUUAACUGUAAACACGAAAAAGCAAAGAAGAGAAGAACUACAAACUCAGUGGAUUCAGAAUAAACACGAUCGGCGCUUAAUUUGGUGGUGGAGGGUAUUCUGAAGAGGGACAGGAUGUCUAUAUUCGGAAAGUUGUUCGGGAGUGGGGGUAAAGGUGGGAAAUCUCCCAGUACGCAGGAGGCGAUCCAACGACUUCGGGAAACGGAGGAGAUGUUGGCUAAAAAACAGGAGUUUUUGGAGAAAAAGAUUGACCAAGAACUCCUCAUCGCGAAAAAGAACGGCACAAAAAACAAACGAGCUGCCCUGCUGGCCCUCAAGCGCAAGAAGCGCUACGAGAAGCAGCUGUUCCAGAUCGACGGCACGCUGUCCACCAUCGAGUUCCAGCGGGACGCGCUGGAGAACGCCAACACCAACACCGAAGUGCUGAAGAACAUGGGCUUCGCCUCAGAGGCCUUGAAGCACGCCCAUGACCACAUGGACAUUGACAAGGUGGACGAUUUAAUGCAGGACAUCACAGAGCAGCAGGAGCUCGCGCAGGAGAUUUCGGACGCCAUCUCCAAGCCCGUGGGCUUCGGGGAGGAAUUUGAUGAGGAUGAGCUAUUGGCUGAGCUGGAAGAGCUGGAGCAAGAGGAGUUGGACAAGAACCUUCUGGAAAUCCGGGGCACCGAGGACGUGCCCCUGCCCAGUGUGCCCUCCUCGUCGCUGCCCUCCAGGCCAGCAAAGAAAAAGGAAGAGGAGGAUGAAGAUGACAUGAAAGACCUGGAGCGAUGGGCCAUGGAGGCCAUGUAGGCCGGGGACUCGAAUCCCGAACCUUCGGACCUCAGACUUCGCACCUCGAACGCUGUUCCCCUGUGUUGGAAGGAAAGAGAGGACUUUCUCAUUCUCUGAUGUGGUUGUUCUUUGUGUUUGGGGGGGAAAAAUGUUUUUUUUUUUUUUUUUUUUAAACCAACAAAACAAAUGCAACAAAAAAAAGAGACGAAUGCCGCAGCUAGCUGUAGCUCCAGAGCGAACGAGGAGAGCAGCGGCAAACCCCAAACAAAGUCUCUCACCUCUGAAACGGUUACUCUAAAAAAAAACGUUUUAAAAAAUCGGUGUGUUUUUGUAGGUCCUUGACACAUCCAUGGCCUUGCAUCCAAACCUAAAGCUUUGAUCAUUAUGUGAACUCCACGUCAUAGGAAGCUGUUGCUAUUUCCGCACGUGUGCCUCCUGUCAGGAUGAGUGUACACCAAGCCUGUGGCUCCAGACUAGAGAGACUGACUCUUUCUGCAGGAGAAAUCAGACCGUAUCC